AUGGGUGACGCAUUGCAGGACCUGCUCAUCAUUUACGAGUCGGAGGCCGAGCAGUGGGCAACCUACAUGCGCUCCGUCCUGGCCGGACCCAUCCCGGAGUCCAACAUCUGUUGCUAUGACAUCGCCAAGGUGAACAGUCGUCGGGACGACUUCCUGCGACUGGGCGGUUACAAGUGCAAGCUGCUGAUCCUGUCCACGGGCAUGCUGGAGGGUCUGUGCCAACUACGACGCUUCUUCCUUGCCCGCGUGCUGCACCCUUCGUCACAUGUGGUUGUGCUCCUCUGUGGGGUGGAGAGCCUGGUGCCCCUGCUGGAGCUGGUGCCUCUUAAAGGGGACGAAUGCCUACAGAUCUCCAGUGAACAGGACGCCCAGGACUAUGUGUCCGCUGUGGCCGAGAUUGUGAAGAGAGGUGAGAAGACAUCUCCCCAUAAACCUGCGACAGAAGAUUUCCCUGAGAAGAGGAAAUCCACAGGGGCGCUGACCAUCAAACCCUUUCUCCUGGUCCUACCCUCCAGAGUCUCAUGUGAGAAUCCUGGAGAGAUUUUCAUCCUUUUGCGAGAGGCCGUUGCCAGCAAAGAUGCUGAGGUGGAGUUUAGCUCCACCGAACAGAGAGUGAAGAUGAAGCCUGUAAACUGGAACGACUUCAUCCUUAGUGUAAACGCUGCAGACUUCCCACCGGGAAACAUCACGGUCACUUUGUACUGUGGUGGAGUGGUUAAAGGGAAAGCUCGGGUACAGUAUUACAACACCAUGGGCGAGAUCACGCGCCUACUCAAACAAGCUGCCGACCCCGUGGACUUCAUGUGCCAGGCCUUUCAGGUGAGCUCAGUAGAGAAGCUGGAUCAGACCCUGACUGUGUCCCUGAUGCAGAAGAUGCCAGUGGGUGCUUUCCAAGGCCUGCAGACUGACCUGGGUCCCACUGAGGCCAUACAUUCAGAGGACAUCCCCACAUUGCUCCACUUGGCUGCCCAGCAUGGGCUGAGGGGUGUGGCCAGUGUGCUUCUGCAGUGUCCUGGAGCCCAACAGGCCCUGAGGACAGCCAAUCGGCACGGACACACACCCCUGGAGCUUGCCCAACGUCACGGUCACACCCAGCUUCACAUCCUCCUGCAGGAAACAUUGGUGAUGAACAGUAGAGCAAAGAGAGACGACGAAACGAGCGUGUAUGAGAUGAUGGGGACGACACCUCCUGCUGGUCGUGUCAAGGAAGCUGACGGCCGGGCAGAGGAACAGAGCGGGGGAGGAGACAAGGAAGAGGAUGAAGAUGAGGAUGAGGAGGAUCCCUACGCCCCUCUGGGCAUAAACGACGAAGAGUACGACACCAUCCUGACCGCCAACAAUCCGGUCGUAAUCGCCAAUCGGCCGCCCGCCCCAGCCCCUCGGCCAGAGACCCUCCCCACGAAAGAGGACAGCACGCCGGUCAUCGCUCGAGUCUUCCAGAAGAAAAUGUCUCAGGGGGAUACAGACACACUCUACUCUCUCCCAACCAAACAAGCAAGGGGGCGGGACAGCAUCUCCUCCACCUAUGACACGUUUGUGCCCAGUCAGCCCCCGGGGCUGGAGGAGCUCAUCGAGCUUCAGGAGAAGGUGAAGAGAGGGUCGCUGACCAUGGACGAGGCACUGGAACGUUUUAGUGACUGGCAGAGGGUGCAGAGGGGCCUGGAUGCCAUCCAGCAGGAGAAGCUACGUCAACUGAGAGCAAGCAUUAUCAACAACAGAGAGGAUGAUGAUGGUGUCUACGAUAAAAUCAGCAUCAUACAUCACACGCCAAAUGUGAAUGCCAACAAUGGGCGAAGAGUUAGUCAGACAUCAGAAACAGAAUUCUACAGCAAACCUCUCAAAGGGCAACAUUCAAAUCUCUUUGGGAAGGCAGACAAGCAGUGA